AAAAAAAAAAAAAAAGAAGAUGAAAAGUAGCUAGGCUUUGGUUGGGACUGAUACGCUAUCGUUUUUGGCCACCGACAGAGUUCUCGACGAAUUUCAGAUCUCAAUUCCCCUAAACUUUAAUUUUCAAUUAACGGCUACUAAUUCCCUUGAAACUGUUUCCCCUUUUCAAUUCCUUGUUUUCGGGUGUUAAUGGAGAAGUCCGAUUCCUAUUCCGACGAAGACGACGAUCGAGAGAAUCUAAUCGACCAGAAUGAAAUCAACCACUCUCCUUCACCUCACUCCGCCGCCUUCCACGUCGGCGGUAACCUCGAUCUUCGCUCUACCUUCCCCUGCCGUCGUUUCUCCUUCAAAAAGAGGUAUCUCUUUGCCAUUUUUCUUCCUCUCUUCCUUCUACUCCUCUAUUUCUCCACCGAUGUUAGGAAUCUUUUCUCUGGUCAGUUCUCUUCGUCGUUCAGAGCUUUUGAUUUGCUAGGUUAUCGAAUGAAGGAAUCUGAAUUGCACGCAUUGUUUUUGUUGAAGCAGCAGCGGUUAGGUCUUUUAUCAAUUUGGAAUCAUUCUUUUAAUUCUACUUCUGAGGACCUCAAAUUAUCGCUACUUAGGCAGAUUUCGCUCAAUAAAGAAAUCCAGAAUGUUCUUCUAUCUCCACAUCAGACUGGAAACUCAUCGAAUGAAGUAUACGGUGACGGUCUUGAUCUUGUUGGUUUUGGGUUCGAUAGGUGUAGAAAGGUGGACCAGGAAGUUUCCCAAAGACGUACUAUCGAAUGGAAUCCGAAAUCGAAUAAGUUUUUGUUUGCCAUUUGCGCAUCAGGACAGAUGUCGAACCAUUUGAUAUGCUUGGAGAAACACAUGUUCUUUGCGGCCAUUCUUAAUCGAGUUCUGGUUAUUCCUAGUUCCAAAGUCGAUUAUCAGUACAGUAGGGUAUUGGAUGUAGAUCACGUCAAUAAUUGCUUGGGUAGGAAGGCUGUCAUUUCUUUUGAAGAAUUUUCCGAGAUUCAGAAGAAACGGAUACAGAUUGAUAAGUUUUUCUGUUAUUUUUCAAAACCUGAUCACUGUUAUUUGGAUGAGGAACAUGUUAAGCAGUUAAACAAUAUAGGGGUUUCCACGGCUAAACUUGAAUCUCCUUGGGACGAGAAUAUUAAAAAUCCCAGUAAUAGAACGGUUCAAGAUAUCCAGUCCAAGUUCUCUUCUGAUGCUGAUGUUAUUGCCAUUGGGGAUGUUUUUUAUGCUAAUGUAGAGAACAAUUGGUUUGUGCAACCAGGUGGUCCUAUUGCCCACAAAUGCAAGACCCUUAUUGAACCAAGCCAUCUUAUUAUGGUCACUGCCCAGCGUUUCAUUCAGACUUUCUUGGGGAGCGAUUUUAUAGCUAUUCACUUUCGACGACAUGGAUUUCUGAAGUUCUGUUUUUAUUUCUUGCUUAUUUCCAGUAAUGCAAAACGGCCAAGUUGCUUUUACCCUAUUCCUCAAGCUGCAAACUGCAUUGCAAGUGUAGUUGAACGGUCCAAUUCACCUGUCAUUUAUCUUUCCACGGAUACUGCCGACAGUGAAACUGGAUUGCUGCAGUCCCUUGUUAUAGUGAAUGGAAAGCUUAUACCACUAGUUAAACGACCUCCUCGAAAUUCAGCUGAGAAAUGGGAUGCUCUACUUUACCGGCAUGAAAUUGAGGGAGAUUCUCAGGUGGAAGCCAUGCUAGACAAGACCAUAUGUGCAAUGUCGAGAGUGUUCAUUGGAACAUCUGGUUCUACUUUUACCGAAGACAUUCUGCGUUUAAGAAAGGAUUGGCGAUCAGCAUCUCUUUGUGAUGAAUAUCUCUGUCAAGGUCAGGAUCCAAACUUUGUUGCAGAAAAUGAAUGACCAACAUAGAACUGUAUCGUUCUUUUCUUUAAAGAAAAAAUUACAAACCAAUUCUUUGAUUCAAUCCGUUUUUAUUCUCUGGAUUUUAUUUUUCACCUGAAAAUCCUCGGCAUGUAUCGUACAUAUUCCUGAAAUUGAAGUGUUGUUGUAAUGUCUAAUGUAACAUAUCCAAUUUUCUUUUUCCUUUGAAAUUUCCUUGUUGGUGCUGUUUCAACACCACUUCUGUGGGCGA